GGGGCGGCCCCGGACUGGCGGGGCCCCGGGGUGCUUGGGUUCCUUUCAAGGCGGGCGGUGGGGGUGGGGGCGGGGCGGAGGCGGAGCGGGCGGUGUAAACAGACCCGGGAGCCGUGAGCCCCGGAGGAGGCGCGGGCGGCGCCGCCAUGGACUUCCAGCAGCUGGCAGAUGUCGCGGAGAAGUGGUGUUCCAGCACGCCCUUUGAGCUCAUCGCCGCCGAGGAGACGGAGCGCAGGAUGGACUUCUACGCCGACCCGGGCGUCUCCUUCUACGUACUGUGUCCGGACAACGGCUGCGGCGACAGCUUUCACGUGUGGAGCGAGAGCGAGGACUGCCUGCCCUUCUUGCAGCUGGCCCAAGAUUACAUCUCUUCCUGCGGCAAGAAGACCCUCCAUGAAGUCUUGGAAAAAGUCUUCAAAUCCUUCAGACCUUUGCUGGGGCUUCCAGACGCAGAUGACGACGCGUUUGAAGAGUACAGUGCGGAUGUGGAGGAGGAGGAGCCAGAGGCGGACCACCCGCAAAUGGGGGUCAGUCAGCAGUAAACUCCUAGGUCACCUUGCAGAAGGGGAGUAAGCCCUGUGCACCCCAUGGGGUCCGGUCCUCCGGACAGAGUUCGGUGCUCCUGGGGUAGCCCUUUUGCAUUAGCACUUCAAAACAGGACAUCCCGCUCCUGGCAUCAGAAUGAAAAUGAAAUACCCUUUAAAUGACCACACAAUAUCUGUGACGAGGUUUGCUCGGCAGUGACCGGAAUUGCCGCCCCACCUUGGUGGGGUCUCUAUGGAGAUGUCUUGGUAGCUUUUGCCCCUUUGAAGUUAGAGUCCGUCCGUGUUGUGGCUGCCUGUUCCCUCUCGAGUUUAUGUUGGAGGAUUAAUGUUUCCUGACUGGAAUGUAGAGAACUCUGAAUGUAUUAAGGAUGUGUUCUGAGUCCUCACAGGUGACCUUGCUGAGGAAAAGCAUGACGGAGGAGAAACGCAGCCUGCACUGUUUGUGUACCUUUUAAGUGUCCGUAAGUGAAAGGCUUCGCUUAGAAAGCAUGAGUUUUCAUAUCUAGUCAUGCGCAUGCGCAUGAGCAAGCGCAGAGGGUGAGGGCGGCUGAGGCUCCUUCAGGGAGUUCACCACUGUCUGCGUUGGUUCCCCGGGCGCGCAGCCGCCAGCCACUGGUCAGUGUAGAUGCUUCCUGGGUGUUUGAUAGUUUUUUUAAAGCAUGCUGCUUCCAAAGCCGCUUUUAAAUUCUAAUAGUGGAAAGUGUAGAUGGGGUGAAAGAUGUAAACGAUUGGUUUCUUGACACUGUCUAUAAGCCUGCAUAUGAAACAGUAACCUUUUCUCUUUAUGACGAGACGGCAGCUUACUUAAUCGUGAGAACAGCCCGGAUCUGAGCAAGUGCCCCUUAAGCUUUGAAGCCAUAGGUAAAUCUAACAGGAAAAGAAACUAGGAUAGAAAUAUUAAUAAAAUGAAAUCAUUUGCUUUCCUAAUCUUUUAUUCUUUAGAGAAUGUCAAGAGGGGCUCCCAGUGAGUUAAUUUAUUUAAAAUUAUAAUUAAUUACUCUAGGGGACCUACUUGCAGUGAAAUUUUUAAAGGGACCUGAAAGUAAGAAUCUUAAUUACGAGAUCGCUUGGGUUGCAAGAGGGUGAGUUAAUGAUCAGGACACACAGACAACUCCCAGGCGUGACUGCUCUCAUCAUUAGCCAGUAAGUACUUAGCAAGAUAUUCUCUGAUGCCACUGUGAGACCCUUCCACGCGUGUCUCAGGUUCUCAUAACUUAGGGUGCAAGUGUCCCUUGACAGUGCUUGACUGCUCUGUGCAUCGAGUGUGGGCGUGUUUCAAACGCACACCCACACCACUUAUGUUGCUGGUAUUUUAAAUUUAAAAAAGAAGGAGAUGAUGAAGAAGAAGGAGAUGUCCACGACCACUUGCGCUGACAGGAGCUUGUGUGGAUGGCCAGCGUGUAUGGGCAUUCUCUGUUUAAUGCAGGGGCAGUUCGAAGAGUCCCAUGCUCCUUGGUGUAUUGUAGAUUUCAGCUGCUGGGUGAUGUCACACACUGGUUUCCAUCUGUGCUUUUGUACCUGUGUGUUUUAUUGUCUGGAAGAAACUUACUAAUACCAAGCCAAGUGAGUUCUCUUGAAGUAGCCCAUUAGCAAUGUCACACUGAGUGCUCCUUCCAGGGUGCAAGGUCCAGCCUUUGAGUCCUGCCCAUCGCCCCACUUUGUGAGCAUACAGCAGGGAGAGUGAGCUCUCUGUCUUGUAGGUACUGUCCAGGGCAGGUAACCUUCUUUUACAUAUGGUUGGUCACACAAAUAUAUGGCUUUUAUGGCUAAAUGAGGAUGCCUGAGCAGUUUGCUCCAUUCUGAGGUAACCUGCAAUUUUAUACACAGAGGCUUCAAAUCUAAAUUUACAUGUGUUUGAACAUUAAUAUAAGAUGAAUUUUUAUCAAAAAUGUAUUUAAACUUUGACCAGAUAUACUCGGUGUUAUCACAUUAAUGUUCUCUAUUUGUACAAGUUGAGCUAAGACCCCCUCCUAGUGGUGCAGCGGGCUGCUAAAAACUCUCCUCUUCUGCCCAGGGGUGAGGAAGAGAGAAUAUCCCUGGAUGUGGUUGAUUUCCACGGCAAACCCCAGAGGCAUCCACACAUCCAUCGUCCUUGCCAGCCUCCUUCCCUCUGCUGUUGUGUGUGUCCCUUCCAGGGUGGGCCUGUGCGCACACCCGAGCCUACCCGUUCCACAGUGAGACAGAUGUGACCCCUCCCAGCCUGCGGAGGCAGGCAUUCUAGUGGCAGCCAUAGCAUGGGGGAAGGGUCUUUGGGAGUUAGGAGAGACACUUGCCUUUGACUGCAGGACUCUGAUAAGUCAUGUGACUUCUCUAUGAAACAGGGCGAUUUACUCUUCUAGCUUUGAACACUAUCCUAAUGCAGCUGCGUAGGAAAGGAAGUGUGUGUUCAGAAGAGCAACAGCCCAGGACACGGAGGGACAUGGGAAAGAGAUACUUUGUAAUUUUGCCAAAGAUGGUGUCUUUAAGAUGCUGGCCAUGCAGCUACUUUAGAAUAUGGUGGCCAGCAGAUAUCCAGAUCCCUGGAGCCUGGGGUGGGCUCUAUCCCAGGCAACUGAUGAGAUUCUGUCACUUUGAGAGGUGGGUAAGCAGAGGUCCCAGAAGAUGGCUUGUCUCGGUUGAAUGUCAGUGUCAGGCAGAGCCGCUCCUCGCCCCACUAUGCUGAAGGGUUUGGAAGUGGUAUGCAGGGAACCCAAGAGGGGAGACUAGUGUGAAGACUAGCUGGAGGGGAAUGGCAGUGAACACUUUGCUUGUCCUAUCACUCAGGAAAGUGACAGUGAAGGCUUGGUAGGUAGCAGACAGAGACAGUGAGAGCAAACAUACAGGGAAGGACUGAUGGCAUGCUGACCGAUGUGACCAGCUGAAAUCUGAACUAGCCACUGACAGCACUCAAGAGGCGGAUCCUAUCACUGAGUGAUCCACGGAGACAUUUUCCUCCUAUCUGUCAGGUUACUUUCCUCUGCCUGGUGAUGGCACUGAGCCAAGCAGUCUUCAGACAUCGAAGAACAGAGCCAGGGCGCAGCGUGAGGCCCAGUGCAGUGCCUAGCAUCACUAGGGUUCAGUCAGACCGAAGGGUCCACUUGGGACUCCUGGGCUCUCUGCAGCACAGGGUACAUUCUGUGUUUCCAUGACCAGAGCACAAACUGUCUGCUACGUGAGGAAAUUGUCCUUCAUGCUAAUGCCUGAACUAGGUUUUCAGUGCGCUUAAGUCAGACUGGGUCUGGGGCUACCACCCCUGCUCAGUAUAGGCAGAACUGUUCUGUAGCACAAUGCAUGUCUCUGAAUAUUGUUUCGGUUUCUUCUCCGAGCACAAAACGUAUGUUCAGGGUGUCGUGAUCCCAGACUGGAACUUUUAGUUGUUGCAUGUUAAAACUCACCAGUUGGGAAACAGUUGAAUCAAAUCUGGUUUUUUUUUCCAGUGAGAGGAACGUAGGGAUGGGCAAGACUUAAUGUGUGUUGGGAGCAGGUGGACAGGUGCAGUGAAGAGUUAGGUCUCCAUCCAUCCGAGUUGUAAACAAAGCACAUAGCCCACCCACACUUACCUUCUGGGACACAGGACGACUUGUGUCCUUGGCUGUCUCUAGAGAAUUGGUUGCUUAGAGGAUGCUGGUAAUGGCUCUGUGACUUUCAUGAUGCCCCCUGCCAAGCCAGAGGCACAGCAAGUGUCCUGCACACCUGGUGGAAUUCCUCCCCUUAAAAAUAAAAUCAGCCGCUUGCCAGGGGAGCUCGCCUUCAAGAGUACUGGCUCAAGGGGCUGUGACAACAGAGUGUGGGCCAUACCUGCUCUCUCCUCCACUGGUGCUCUGGUGUCAGUGAAACUCAGGUGGGGGCUCUUGUCUCUGGAACAAACCUUGAGGGAGAUGCCAUGCAUGGCUUCUUGCAUCCUCUCCAGAGAUGCAUAAAAUGUAUUUACAUUAGAAACACUCCUCCUUCAUACAAACCAAGUCACUUUGGUUUGAUGGUAGCUAGCGAGAUGUGAGAAGCUGAGGUCUUUUAGGUUUCGUACAGAGUAGGUUUUGUACAGAGUAGCUGUAAAACUUGCUGGGACGCUGGCAGCCUGUGGUCCACGGCCAUGACCUGGAGCAUUUCCUGUUAGAAACCCCAUUCACCACACUGCAGGCUGAGAGGUUCCGAGCAGUCAAAGGUGUGUCCCAAGCUACAUAGGAAUUCACGUCCAGUUUGAUUAGGACUGUGUUCAAGUCGUCUGGUAUUGGGGGAAAGCUGACAGUGUGCGCUUCAUAAACAACCUUUCCCUGGGCUUUCCUUUUUGUAUCUCAAGGUUCUACCUUAACCAGAACCUUUUGAACUGGCAGAGACCAACGCUCUAUACACAUGCCAGCUGUCUAAAAGGCACUAAAAUAAAUAUUCAGUGCUGGGCAAAUCCGAACCCAGCUUUCAGACCAGUGCUUAUUUGUGUACAAGUGAGAUUUCUCCAGAGAAGCAAAUCAGAAGGAACAAAAGCAAGGGACUUUGUUGUUUGUUUCUGUUUUUUAUUUUUAUUUUUAGACAGUGAGUUUUUCCUGUGUGAUGUGUGUGCUUUCUUUGAGUCUGUAUUUCCUUUCAGAGAGCUCUCUUGUAAAUGACAAACUGUGAAAUGGGUUGCCAAAAACUGUGUCCUUUGUUAGAUGCUUCAGAGGGAACUGUGUAAAUUCUCUCUGCACCUUGUCCCAUCUGCUUCCUCCUCCCUCCCAUGAGAGCAAGGACCACAUCCAAGGAUGUAAUUACCAUACGCUUGCUAUUAAAGAGCCUUCCAGCCCUGGUGCUA